CUGACAUUAACAUCAAAAUAAACAAUUUUUAUUUCUUGUCUGAAUCUAUAUUAAUUGUUUAAUUAUAACAACUGAAGAAUAUUGUAUGCUUACUAGUAGCUAUGUACUGUAGAAGGCGCAACCAGUUGAUUCUGUUUCGCCCCAGCAAAACUUUUUUCUUUUCAAUCCACACAGCGAAUUCAAUAUGAAUUACGGCUAUAACGGUUAUAAUGGCAACUCAGAAGCGAAUUAUGGUCCUUACGGGCCUCAAUAUCCUGUCAACUCUCAUUCAAAUCGUGGAUAUCCAAAUGUAGGCUAUGAUCCUCCAUCUGUGCCACCUCCUCGCGGUAAUAGACCUAAUAUAGAUGGCUACACGGACCAAGUGCCUACACAAAAUGUAGGACAUAUUGAUAUCGGUGCUAAUCAGCACUAUGGAUAUGCACCUCCUUCAGGACCACCUCCCGCAACUGGAAAUUACGCUUAUAACAACCCAGGCUAUCACGGACCGCAGUUACCUAAUUCACAAUCACAAUCUUAUGGAUUUUCUGGUGGAGGCUCAUUUAGCUAUCAGUACUCUACUUGUCAAGGAAAGCGAAAAGCCUUGUUGAUUGGUAUCAAUUAUGUGCAUACCCCUAAUGAAUUACAAGGAUGUAUUAAUGAUGUCCUAUCCACAGGUGAACUUUUAAAGGAGAGAUAUGGAUAUAAACCUGAAGACAUGGUAAUUAUGACCGACACCGCUCAACAUCCAAGAGCUAUUCCGACUCGUCAAAAUAUGAUUGAUGCCAUGCGAUGGCUCGUAAGCGGCGCUCAACCAAAUGACUCUUUGUUUUUUCAUUAUAGUGGACACGGUGGACAAGCAAAAGACUUGGAUGGCGAUGAAGCUGAUGGAUACGACGAAACGAUUUAUCCCUUAGACCAUGAAGUCUCAGGACAAAUUAUUGAUGAUGAAAUGCAUGAAGUUAUGGUUCGACCUUUACCUGCUGGAUGCCGUUUAACGGCUAUUUUUGACUCCUGUCAUUCUGGAGGUGCUUUAGACCUGCCUUUCACCUAUUCUACUAAAGGUGUACUUAAAGAACCGAAUAUGCUGAAAGAGUCGGGUAUGAAUGUUCUAAACGCUGGCAUGUCGUAUAUGUCUGGCGAUAUUGGAGGUAUUUUCAACAAUGUGAAAAGUGUAUUCCAAAAGGCUUCUGGCGGGUUUAACAAUAGCGCUGUUCAAUAUUCCCGACAGUAUAAGUUUUCACCUGCAGAUGUUAUUUCUAUUUCUGGUUGUAAGGAUAGUCAAACUAGUGCCGAUACAAACGUUAAUGGGUUUUCAACCGGCGCUCUUUCGUAUGCUUUCCGUGAAGUUAUAACUCAAAAUCCUCAAAUUAGCUACCUGGAUAUGCUUCGAGGCGUUCGACAUAUCUUACAAAGCAAGUACUCACAACUUCCUCAAUUAAGUUGUAGCCAUCCUUUAGACAUGAACUUAGUUAUGCUUCUUUAAUUACAAAAGACUUUUCAAUUUUUAUUUUUAUUAUUUGAAAUAGCCAAUUUACAAAUUACCACUAAAUUAGCUUCCUUAAUUUAGAUGUAUCUUAAUG